AUGUCCCCCGUCCGUCUGUCUCGCCCACUCUCCACCCCUCUCUCUGCGCCGCUCCCCGCCCGUUUUUCCUCCCAGUCACCCCUCAAACGCAAACGCAGCGCAGACUCUGCAGCUUCAGCCUCAAAUCGCACUGCAAGCAUGCCGACCAUGGCCUCCGACGGCUCUCCUUCCACAGCACCUCCCGCUCCUCCACCAAAAUUGAAUCUAACCACCACCCUCGACGACGAGUGCGCCUGGACAGAGCCCCCAUCGCCCACAGACACUGAAAUCGCCGAAGACAUCCCCUGCUUCCAGGGCCAGGCCGCGUGCGUUGCGGCCGCCAUUGCCGCUGGGGUGAAAGUGCGUGACUAUGCCUACGAGCCCGUUUCCGCCACUAUGCGCCUCCCAGAACUAUGGCCCAGCCCCCGACAAACGCUCACGACGCACGACUGCUACAUCCACGCCGUGCCCGCCCGCUCGGAAAUAUACAGACUGCCCGUGAAGAUGCUCUGGCGCCUCAUCGACAGCGGCCUUGUCAGCGCAGAGGAGGUCCAGCGCAACUGGCCCCCCGACGACCGCGCGGCGGUCGACGCAUACAAGGCGCGCCCCGGCGGCCCCUACCCGUAUAGAAUGCCCCCGACGAAGAAGCCGACCGCCGCGUACCGCACUGUCCUGCGCCUUCGCGCGCUCGUGUCGCCCGCGGACGUCUUUGCGGAGCGCGCGGUCUAUGUCCCGCCCGACGAGCCCGGCAUGGACGACGGCGCGGAAGACGAGAGCAAUGUGGCAGACGACAGUGCCCGCACAACCAAGCGGAGGAAGUUGACUCGCCGUGACGGCAACGACAAUGACGACGACGCCGACGCGCUGCCUGUGCGCCCGCCCACCCCACUCCUCUGCCCAGCGCCUCCAUCGCGGGGCGCCGCGUCGCCGCGGCCACGGGAUACCACCCCCCUUGCGAGCUCCCCAGCCUCGCAAAGGCAAGAAACAAAACCUCGGCCAAGUGCGCUCAUGCGGACCCCCACGGGGCUCUGGUGA